AUGGGUAGCAUCGACACCAGCCUAAAAGUCAUCGUCAUCGGCGCCGGCCCCGCCGGCUGCGCGCUCGCUCACGGUCUCAAGAAAGCAGGCAUCUCCUUCGCCAUCUACGACAAAGGCGCCGACGUCUACCGCCACCAGCUCAGCGCGCAGAUCAACUCAUGUCAAGUCGACCCCUACGUCGACUGCGCCGCGCUCGGCGAAGAUAGAAUUGUUAUUUAUAAUGGCCAGACGCGAGAGGAGGCGUUUGCGUUCCCGAUACCAAAGGCGCGUGAGAUUAAUAUUAGAAGACUGCGUAUGUUGUUAGCUGAACGAUUGGAUGUUAAAUACAGCAAGAGCUUCUCGCACUAUGAGACAACCCAGGACGGCGGCGUGAAAGUCCACUUCGAAGACGGCACAACCGACACCGGCACCAUCCUCAUCGGCCUCGACGGCGCCAUGUCAAAAGUGCGCCGCUGCCUCCUCCCCCACUCCGGCACUAUGGACACCCUCCCCUUCGCCCUGAUGAACUUCAACGCUUCCUACACCGCCUCCCAAGCCCUCUUCAUCAAACAACACCUCCACCCCCUCGUCGACAUCGCAAUCCACCCUGCAGGUCACUACAUCCGCGCAAAUGUGCUCGACAUGCCCGACGAGAAAGACGCUAGUACCUGGACUUUUCAGAUCUUGUCUACCUGGCCGCUGAAGUACGUUGAAGAUCAUGAUAACGAAGACGGGCGGUUGGAAAGGCUAAAAGCGCAUGUGAAGCGCGAUGGCUGGGCGGAACCAUACAAAAGUGCGAUUGAGUGGAUACCAGAGGACACACCUGUGUUACGCGAUCAGCUCAAGAUAUGGAAAACCGUCCCCUGGGACAACCAAAACGGACGGGUGACGCUGUGCGGCGACGCAGCCCACGCCAUGACGUUUCACCGUGGGCAGGGCGCUAAUAAUGCGUUCUACUCUGCGCAUUGCCUUGUUGAAGCGUUGAAGAGCGUGCAGAGUGGGAGUAAGAGUUUGAAAGAUGCGGUCACGGCGUAUGAUGAGAGUAUUUGGAAGAGGGGCGCGAAUGAGGUGCAGAUUAGCAAGGCGCAGACGUUCUUUACGCAUGAUGGGUUGGAGGAGUUUGUUAAUAGUCCGGUUAUGGCGUUGGGGACGAAACCUAGUCAUGCUGCGAGGACGGAGGGGUAUCAGUAG